GGUUCGAUAUUUACCCAAAACAAAUAUCACAGAAAACUCUGAUGACACAAUAUCCUACAUGUUGCCCAACAUUGCUCGUUUUGAACCUGAUAUGUCUGUUGGGACAGAAAAUGAUACCAUCACGUGCCUCAACCUUGCUGUUGUUGCUGUACCUGCCUUGUAUACAAACACUUUUAUUCAACUACUAUUAAAUAAUUGGAUUAAAGCUUCUAAGUCAACCAUGCUGCAGAACAGAACAGUGAAAGAAUUACUGUGGGGAUACCAAGAUCCCUUCUUAAACAAGGUCCCCUUCCCCUUGGACCCAGUUCUGGGAGUCUUCUAUCCGUAUAACGGGACAUUCGACGGACUUUACAAAGUCUAUACUGGGAAAGAUGAUGUUAAAAAAACAGCAAUAAUUGAAAGCUAUAAAAACAAAAGGAAUCUUUCGUACUGGGAAGGCCACUGCGACUUGGUUAAUGGCACAGAUGGGGCAUCAUUCCCGCCAUUUGUUCAGAAGGAUCAGGUGCUGCGUUUCUUCUCCUCUGACAUUUGCAGAUCGAUCUAUGGAGUUUUCCAGGGCAAGCAGGAUGUGAAGGGGAUCUCACUCUAUCGUUUCACAGUUCCUCGUGAAGCAUUUGCAGCACCUGUUGAUGUUGGAGACAAUUAUUGCUUCUGUACAGAUCAAGUCAUAUCACAGAACUGCACAUUAGCUGGAGUCCUAGAUAUAAGUUCCUGCAAAGCAGGAAGACCAGUAUUUAUCUCUCUUCCGCAUUUUCUUCAUGCAAGUGAUUCUCUAUUGAAUGAUGUUGAAGGUCUGAGCCCAAAUGAGGAGGAGCAUGAGACAUUUCUGGAUGUAGAGCCUAUCACUGGUUUUACACUACAAUUUGCAAAAAGACUGCAAGUAAACCUCCUUGUGAAGCCUGCAGCAAAAAUUGAAGCUUUAUCAAAAGUUCAAAAACCCUAUAUUUUUCCUAUUCUUUGGCUAAAUGAGUCUGCAGUUAUUGGGGAUGCAAAAGCAGAAAUGUUCAGAAAUAAAGUCACCAGUCGGGUCCAGAUGCUGAGUGUGCUGCAGAUGGCGUUAAUGAUUGCAGGUUCUGUGCUGUUCGUCGCAUUCAUGGGUUCCUACUUCAUAUGCAGAUCAAAGAAACUAAAAUAAAAGACCAACUCACUAACCAAAAUAAGCUGAUGUUUCCAAAGGUCCACACUUCUGACAUUGCUAAGGAGGACACCAUGGAAACUAUGCUUUCAAAUAACUUUGAUUAUUUGAACCUUGUUACAAAUUUUAAAUGACAUUCAAGCAGACUGAAGUUGAGAUGCAGUUGGAUUUUAGUCCGCCUUCUGCCACUUAUGCAACUUGCUACUUUUUUCUUCUGGGAUUUGUAAGAGAAACGAAAGCCAUUUGCUGAUGUUCUGUCUCUGAGCACAGGCUGGGAAUGACAACACCUUUGAGCUCAUGCUGUGCUCUAGAUGCUCUCAUUGUAAUGUUUCUUUCUGUUCCUUCAAGGAAUGGAAGCUGCUGCAAUAGAACUGCUCUCUGUCCUCUAUUCAGGGAUGUGAAUUGCAUUGAAUGUGAAGUUUAUUAUGUAAAGUUACUAACUGUAAUACAUGAAGUUAAUAAAAACUUACUAAA